AUGCAAAUCUUCGUUAAAACCUUAACUGGUAAAACCAUCACUCUCGAAGUUGAAGGUUCAGACAACAUCGAAAACGUCAAAGCCAAGAUUCAAGACAAAGAAGGUAUCCCACCAGAUCAACAACGUCUUAUCUUUGCCGGUAAACAAUUAGAAGAUGGUCGUACUUUAUCCGAUUAUAACAUCCAAAAGGAAUCAACCCUCCACUUAGUUUUAAGAUUAAGAGGUGGUAUUGAACCAUCCCUCGUCAUUCUUGCCCGUAAAUACAAAUGUGACAAAAUGAUUUGCAGAAAAUGUUAUGCUCGUUUACACCCACGUGCUGUUAACUGUCGUAAGAAGAAAUGUGGUCACUCUAACAAUUUAAGACCAAAGAAGAAGUUACUUAAAUAA